AAAUGUUUUCCUCCCCAGGUUCUAAGAAACAAAGGUGUAUAUGAAAAUGUCAAGUUUGUACAACAAGAGAACUUCUGGGUCGGGCCCAGUUCAGAGGCUCUGAUCCACCUGGGGGCCAAGUACUCUCCCUGCAUGCGUCAGGACCAGCAGGUGCACGACCUGAUCCGGGACAAGAGAGACAUAGAGAGAGACUCUGCCUGCUGUGUACGCAACGACCGCUCCGGCUGUCUACAGACCUCAGAGGAGGAGUGUUCGAGUACUCUGGCCGUGUGGGUGAAGUGGCCGCGGCAUCACAGCACCCCUCAGCUGGAGGGCCAAGACAGGCAGUACGGCUCAGUGUGCCAUCAGGACCCCCGGAUUUGUCUAGAGCCAGCWUCGGUGGCACCGCAUGAAUGGCCUGAUGACAUCACCAAGUGGCCAGUUUGCACCAGGUACAACACAGGGAACCACACCAACCUGCCUCACAUAGACUGCACCAUCACAGGCCGGCCCUGCUGCAUCGGCACAAAAGGGAGGUGUGAGAUCACGUCCAGGGAGUAUUGUGACUUCAUGAUGGGCUACUUCCACGAGGAGGCUACUCUCUGCUCCCAAGUUCACUGCAUGGAUGAUGUGUGUGGCCUGCUGCCUUUCCUCAACCCAGAGAUCCCAGACCAGUUCUACAGACUGUGGCUCUCUCUCUUCCUGCACGCUGGGAUCCUUCACUGCGUGGUGUAACGUGUCUUUCUGUCCCCCUGUAGGAUCCUUCACAUCAUGGUGUAACGUGUCU